AUGAGCAGGAGUUUAACUCUCGAGCCAACAGGCACGACGUGUACGGCGAAAGAUGAGCCAGGAAGUGGGCUAUUCCAGGACUCAAAGGAGGUGAGCGUGGAAAAAAAAGAAUCAAAAGCAAGCGAUGGAAAAAUUGAGAACAAACUACCCGAGAAAGCAAUUGCUCCGUUGACAGGCAUCGAAUUCUACGUCUGUUUUGGAUCACUGGCGCUGUCACUUUUCUUGGCUGCGUUGGAUAUUUUGAUCGUAGGAACAAUCAUGGAAACGGUCGCUGCCAAGUUCAACGGCUACAGUCUGACCGGGUGGCUUGUCUCCGGUUAUAACCUGCCCAACGCUCUGUUAAGUCUACUGUGGGGCCGGUUGGCAACAUUGUGGGGCUUCAAAGCUUCCAUGCUGUCUUCAAUCGUUAUUUUUGAAAUCGGAUCCCUGGUAGCCGCUCUUGCGACGUCUAUGAACAUGCUCAUCGCAGGAAGAGUCGUCGCUGGUUUUGGCGGCAGUGGGAUUCAGACUUUGUGUUUUGUGAUUACCUCGACAUUGGUUACCGAUCGGACAAGAGGUACCGCGAUAUCCAUACUGAGCUGCGCUUUUGGGGUUGCCUCGAUUGUGGGCCCAUUUUUGGGCGGGGCUUUCGCCACGCAUGUUACGUGGAGAUGGUGUUUUUACAUCAAUUUGCCAAUCGGCGGGCUUGCCUUUAUUGUUUUCCUUCUUUCCUACAAUCCUGAUCGUGAGAACACCUUCGAAAAUUUCAAAAACUUUCUGAACAAGGUGAGAAGAGCUCCUUAUGGCCAAGUGCUGAAGCCCAGUUUUUAUUGUAAACUAUAUCGCGUCGCGAUCUUCAAAUUCGAUUUCAUCGAGUUUGCGCUUUGUUCUGCUGGCUUCACACUCGUUCUGCUUGGACUGACGUUCGGCGGAAACAGGUACAGUUGGAGUUCCGGGUCCAUUAUUGCUUAUUUCGUGGUUGGUAUUCUCCUUAUACUUGGUAGUCUGAUCUACGACUUUGUUGUUUUUGAUAAGAUCAAACCCAAAAAAGAGCAUAUCCCAUAUAUGCCGCUACUCUCUUGGAAGGUAAUCUCAAAGCCAGGCGUUUUAAUCCCCAAUAUUGCCACCUUCUGCACAUGUUUUGCUUACAAUUGUCAGAUUGUCUACAUCGUCCAGUACUUUCAGCUCGUUUGGGGAGACUCACCCUGGAAAGCCAGUAUCCACUUGAUUGCCCCGGUCAUUGCAACUGUCAUAGCAUUACUGUUCUGUGGGGCUGUUCUCAAGAAAACAGGCCAAGUUAAAGCUGUUUUGGUUUUUGGAGGGGUAGUUGGUGCUGUAGGCUCAGGAAUCCUAACCUUGCUCAGUCCAACUUCUAACAGUUCAGCAAAAAUCGGUUUGCUUAUUCUGCCUGGUGUUUCUUUUGGCUGUAUUCAAAAUGGUGCCAUGUUAAGUUCACAAAUCCAAAUCCCCAAAGACCAUCCUCUUUUUAGAUUCGAUUUCAUCUCAGUGACUACCUUUAAUGCUUUUACAAAGAUGUUGGGUACAGCUUUUGGUGGAAUUCUAUCUAACACAGUUUUCACAACCUCAGCGCACAACCAGCUCUCGAGAAUUCAACCACCACUACCUCAUAGCGGCUCCGUUGAUGAACUCAUCAGUCACUGGUAUACCAACUAUGGAGGAAGAGACUCGGUAGAAGUACGCGUCUUCAUGAAAGCCAUAAAAGACGUUUUCUGGAUGGGGCUCGGACUUGCCGCUUUGGCCGCGAUCGCAUGCGUCUUUUCGUCAAACAAAACAAUGGGAUUCAAAAAACCUGUGGCUGAUAAGGAAACCGAUGGGGAACAACACGAUGUGGAAUCAAUUUAA